AGCUGCGCUGCCAGGAGCCCCCGCGCGUCCGCCAUAUUGGCGCCCGCGCCGCAGCCGCUGCGCCUUGUUCCUCCAUCGCCUCCCGGCGCGGCCCCAGCGGAGCCCGGCAGGGGACGGGACGCGGGCGCCGCCGCCGGGCGGGGAGCGGGGCUCGGAGGCCGGGAGGAGCCGGGAAGGAGCCGGGCCAGCGGCCCUGCUGCGCCAGCCGCCAUGGCGAGGAGGCCCGGCGGCUCCUGAGGCGGGCGCGCACGCACGCACCGAGCGAGGCUUAGCCCCCUCCCGGCCGCCAUCAGCGGAGAGAAGCCGCCCGGCCCCCUUCUCCGCCGCGACAUGGAGGCCGUGAAAGCCUUUAACAGCGAGUUGUACUCGCUAAAUGAUUAUAAGCCACCCAUUUCUAAAGCUAAAAUGACACAGAUCACCAAGGCAGCAAUCAAGGCGAUAAAGUUCUACAAGCACGUUGUACAGAGUGUUGAGAAAUUCAUUCAAAAGUGCAAACCAGAAUACAAGGUGCCUGGCCUAUAUGUCAUUGACUCCAUUGUGAGACAAUCCCGGCAUCAGUUUGGGCAAGAGAAGGAUGUAUUUGCUCCAAGAUUCAGCAAUAACAUUAUCAGUACUUUCCAGAAUCUGUAUCGUUGUCCUGGGGAUGACAAGAGUAAAAUUGUUAGAGUGCUAAACUUAUGGCAGAAGAAUAAUGUAUUCAAGAGUGAAAUUAUUCAGCCUCUCUUGGAUAUGGCAGCAGGAAUUCCUCCUCCAGUUGUGACCCCUGUCUUGCCCAGCACUACAGCUGCUAUGAGCAACAAUACACCAGGAACACCUGUGACUCCAGUUACUCCAGCCAAUGUGGUGCAGAGUUUACCCGAUCCUUGGGUAUCUCAGAUUGCUAAUACAGAUACACUUGCUGCUGUAGCACAGAUUUUACAGAGUCCCCAAGGCCAACAGCUUCAGCAGUUGAUACAGACGCUGCAGAUACAGCAGCAGAAACCUCAGCCUUCGCUACUUCAAGCCCUGGAUGCUGGUCUUGUUGUUCAGUUACAGGCCCUAACCGCACAACUUACGGCUGCAGCUGCUGCUGCCAACACACUUACUCCACUGGAACAAAGUGUCUCUUUUAAUAAGAAGCUGAUGGACAGGUUUGACUUUGGGGAAGAACCUGAACAAAAUGAAGAGCCUAAAAAGGAAACUCCUACUUCCCAACUGCCUUUAGUACCAGAAUCUGUGAACAACUCGCUUUUUCACCAACUAGCUGAACAGCUACAGCAACAAAAUUUAGAACAUCUGCGACAACAGCUUUUGGAGCAACAGCAGCCUCAAAAGGCAAGCCCUAACGAGGAAAAUCAAGAAGGAAAUUUUGGUUCAGAGCACUCUGCGUCACCAUCACAAGGGAGCAGUCAACAACAGUUUUUAGAAGCGGAAACAAAUGUAGAUGAUUCAAUGGAUAUUCAGCAACAGGACAUGGAUAUAGAUGAAGUACAGGACGUUGCUGAAGAAGAGAUUUUUGAACAAGAAGAAAAGAAAUCAACUGUUCGUUCAAGAUCAAGAACUCGUUCAAGAUCUCGUUCAAGAUCACCAAGAAAACGACGGUCUAGAUCACGAUCUGGUUCUCGUAAGCGUAAACACAGAAAGCGUUCACGCUCAAGAUCAAGAGAAAGGAAGAGGAAGUCAUCUCGAUCAUACUCCAGUGAAAGAAGGGCUAGAGAAAGGGAAAAAGAACGUCAGAAAAAAGGAUUGCCUCCUAUACGGUCAAAAACACUAAGUGUUUGCAGUACUACUCUUUGGGUAGGUCAAGUAGACAAGAAGGCUACGCAGCAAGAUUUGACUAACUUGUUUGAAGAAUUUGGACAAAUAGAAUCUAUUAAUAUGAUUCCCCCAAGAGGUUGUGCUUACGUCUGCAUGGUUCAUAGACAAGAUGCAUAUCGUGCUCUUCAGAAACUUAGUUCUGGGUCCUAUAAAAUUGGAUCUAAAAUUAUUAAGAUUGCCUGGGCUUUGAAUAAAGGUGUGAAAACAGAGUACAAGCAAUUCUGGGAUGUGGAUCUGGGAGUUUCAUAUAUUCCUUGGGAGAAAGUAAAAUUGGACGAUUUGGAGGGAUUUGCUGAAGGUGGAAUGAUUGACCAGGAGACAGUAAAUACAGAAUGGGAAACAGCCAGGAACUCAGAACCUGCUAAAGAAACUACUCAAACUACCCAGACUACUACAGUUGAUAAGAGCACAGUUAUCACAACGCAGACAGAAGCUUACACACAACCAGUCACUAUGCUGCAGAUUCCAGUAGCUCCAGCUGUGCCUGCUGUUAGCUUAGUUCCACCUGCGUUUCCUGUCACAAUGUCUGUCCCUCCUCCUGGUUAUAGCGCAAUUCCUCCUCCACCCUUUUUGCGAGCAAGUUUCAACCCUUCACAGCCACCUCCAGGUUUUAUGCCUCCCCCAGUUCCUCCUGUUGUCCCUCCUCCUGUUGUCCCACCACCUGUUGUCCCACCAGUUGUUCCAACACCUUUAGUACAGCCUCCAUUACCAAUUACACAAGAGACGAUGAAGGAUGUUCCUUUUACUAGCCUCGUUUUACCAGUUGGCACAGUUACAAGUAAUCUAGCUACUCCAACGUUGUCUGCUGGAAGUGUUUUUAAUCCUCUGCCAAUCAACAAACCGGAAUCAGAUGAAAAGGGAUCACAUCUUACAGACCUUCAGAUUUCUUCCAGUGAAAACAAUAGAGCUGUGCAAAGUGAUGUCACAAGUAGCUCUGGACUUGUUGGAGGAGUGCAGCCACCCAGUGUUUCAAGCAGUUCUGGGCUUACUGGAGAAGGCCAGCCACCUAGUGUCUCAAGCAGCUCUGGACUUGCAGGAGGAGUGCAGCCACCCAUUGUCUCAAGCAGCUCUGGACUUGUAGGAGGAGUGCAACCACCAACUGUUUCAAGCAGUUCUGGUCUUGCAGGAGGAGUGCAGCUACCCACUGUCUCCAGUAGCUCUUCACUUGCAGGAGGAGUUCAGCCAACUAGUGUCUCAAGUAGCUCUGGACUUAUGGCUGGAGUGCAACCACCAAAUGUCUCAAGUAGCUCAGGGCUUCUAGCUGGAGUGCAUCCACCCAGCAUCUCAAGUAGCCCUGGCCUUCUACCAGGAAUGCAGCCACCCAGUGUCUCAAGCAGCUCAGGAGUUCUGGCAGGAGUGCAGCCACCAAGUGUCUCAAACAACUCUGGUCUUCUCAUAAUGCCACCACCCAAUGUUUCGAGUAGUUCUGGACUUAUGGGAGUGCCACCACCAAAUAUUUCAAGUAGUUCUGGACUUCUGGCAAUGCAGCAUCCAGCUGGUGUUCAAAAUAUGCCUCAUUUAAAUAUAAGUAAUCAAAGGAUGCCAGGAAUGCCUCUCAUAGAUAUCCGUCCAGGCCUAAUGCCCCACUCACCUGGACCAAGGUUUCCAUUAAUGCAGCCAGGAGUGCCACCACAGCGUAGUAUUCCUCCUCCAGCAAUCCUUGAUCCAUCUCUUCACCCACCACCUCGAGGUCCUUUUCCUCCAGGAGAUAUUUUUAAUCAAACAGAAAGACCUUUUGGAGCACCAGGAAGACAAAAUAUUGAUAGCAUUUCUAAUCCAGAGAAAAGACUACCACUUGGAGGGGAUAACAUACAGCAGGAAGGAGACAGAGAUUAUCGUUUUCCUCCAGUAGAAAAUCGAGAUAAUCUUAACAGACCAUCCCCAGUGGAUGUCAGAGAUCCUGUUGGACGACCACCAAUUGAUCCAAGAGAGGGUGUAGGACGGCCUCCAGUAGAUGGAAGAGAACAUUUUGCAAGACCACAUAUAGACAUGAGAGAAAAUUUUGGAAGACCAGGUAUAGAUAAUCUUGGCCGAAGAGAGCAUUUUGCUUUCAAUUCAGACAAGCACUGGGGACAGAGAGGAGAUUAUGAUGAAAGAGAGCAUCAUACCUUCCCUAUUUAUGGUGGCCCUAAAGGCUUCCAUGAAGACAGAGAGAGAUUUCGGCAUGUAAACUAUAGAUUUGAUAGUAGAAGUGGUCCCAAUUGGAAUAGAGGAUUUGAACCAGAUGCUCACAGAGAUUUUGAUGACCGCAGAAGACCCUGGGAAAGACAGAGGGAUAGGGAUGACAGAGAUUUUAACUUUUGCAGAGAAAUUAAUGGGAACAGGUUUGGAAGAGACAGAAUGUCAAACAACUGGAUCCCUCCUCCACAUCCACGGGUUUUUGAAUAUUUUGAUGGGGCCGCUCCCCAGCGCAAAGCUGAUAAUAUGCCCCAGGUAAACGGUGAAAAUACAGAGACAGAAAGUCAGCCACCAACUGCACAGGUGCAGGACGAACCAGAACUUUAUGAAAAACUGACCUCUUCCGUCGAGAUAAACAAAGAGAAGAGUGACACAGAAGCUGAUAUAGAAAGUGAACCAGUGGUAGAAAGCACAGAAACUGAGGGGACAUAAUCAUCACUCAGUAGGUAAAAGAUACCUUUUGUAAAGUUGUCAUCUCUCUGUAAUAGAUAAAUGGCUGACUGGACCUUAGUAGUUCACUUUUGUCUGCCAGAAUUAAGUUAAUCUGAUGUUCAUGUUCAUCUUUCGCUUAAAUAACUGUACAACUGACUUGUAUAGAACACUGUUCUUAAUUUGAACAUGGUAGGUAAACAUUUUUUUUAUUUCUCUGGUAAAACAUAAACUUGGCCCCACUUGCUUUUAAUUUCACAAAGAUAAAAUAACAGCUUGUCAAACAAAGACUUCCUAUGGAAGACAAUGGAAUUUUUUAGAUACUACCCUUAGGUUGGCUAUCGAAAUUGUUAUACUUGAAAACAGGUGCUGGUGUAUCUCGUCCGUGUUUUUAGGCUGCUGCAGAAUUUUAAAGUAUAGACAAAGCUGUGAUAUUUUAUGUUCCUACAAUUUGGCAGAAAAAAAGAAAUGGCCCAUGUUACUUAAGGAGCAUAACACAGAGAUUAAAAGUGGUUUUGUAAAAUCUACACUAUAGUCUCUGUUUUCUCUAAAGUAAGUGUUUGUGACUUGUUCCUCGUACUGCAGUGGGUUUAAAAAAAAAUGAAAAAGUACAUUUUAAUGUUGGGUGCAUUUUGUUUUUAGAUGCCAAUAAAGCAUAUUUGUUUGAUAACAGUGUUCUAGGUAUUGUAUUUUUUUUAAAACCUGCAAGCUAUAAAAACUUGGAAUCAGCUAUGAUAUGUGCUUAGCUAGUUGUUGCAAAAGGUUUAUAUUACUUUUGUAAGACCAAUGCAACAGCUGUUAAUGUCCAAGAAAGAAGGGUAUGGUUUUUACAUUGAAAAUCAUGCAGUCAUUAGUUUAUGUAUAUGACAUAUGUAUGUAAAUAUUUGUGUAAACUGUUUGUAGAUACCACUCUUUCUGUGCGUGCCUGUGUAUGUGCACACGCUCACAGAAUAUUGUAGACAGUUCAAUAAAAUUGAAAUGAAAUUAGGUUAUAAAAAUUUGCCUUUCACCUUCUUUAGGUAGUAAGAUAAGUAUUUCACUGCAAUGCUGUCAAGCUUACAUUUACCUUCUUAUGCUAAUAGUUAUAUGAAAUUCUUACUACUUACAGAAGGUGGAACACGAUACACUGUAAGAAUAUACAGUAGGAUUUUAGCUUUCUUUUUUAAAAUGCAGAUACACAUGAAGCCAAAACUUAAACAAAUAUUUGCAUUGUCUUAUUUUGUAACAUAUUUAGUGUUCUGGAUAUAUUCUGGAUAGGUAGUGGUAGUGUUUAAGUACUUUGUGGUUAUUUGUUUUUAGUGACUCAAAGUCCAGAAGUGUUGCACGAAAAGUAAAAAAGCUGUUGUUGGUCUAAAAAAACCUACAUGUUUUUUAACAGAAAUAAGGGGGACUUUGUUCUUUGGUGGCUUAAUACUGAAGUAGAACCUCUUGUUAAAUUGGCGAGAUGAAUUGGCUGCCUUGGUAAAUUAGUAGCACUAUUCUCUCGUUUCAUAUACUUUGCUGCUUGUGUCAUUUAAAUUGGUGGUGGAUGAUUUGGUCAUGUAAGAUUUUCAAUUUAUUCUACUCAAGUGCGUUCCACCAACUUCUUUCAAAAUAACUUUUGUUAAAAUUUUGUCUGAAAGCAUUUCACUCAGUUUUGAGAAAGUUGUUUUUGUCUUGCAUAAUAGGAUCAAGGAUUAGAUUCUGUUACAUGAAUGGCCCUUGGUAGAAGAAACACUUUUUAGCACAGAUUAGAAUUUUGAUCUUUCCUGAUAAAGUGUAAACGUGCAAGUUCUAAUUCCCCUUCCUGCUCUCCCAAAGGGACAAAAGUAUGAGAAUGUCACAUGAGUGUAAAGCAUAAGCACGCCUUUGAAAGUAGACUCAAGUUAUGCAUGUGUUUGUUGCCCUCUUCCUCUGGGAUGUGGGUUAUUUUUUCAUGCUGUCAUGGUUCAGUUUUUCAAUUAUAGGGACUUCUAUUCUGGAUAGUAAAUAAACUGUCAGUUUACGGAAGGUAGCCCUUUGAAAGUGGACAUGAAUGAUUCAUUAUCUACUGUGCAAGUACUAGUCAUUAGGAUGUAGUGUGGUGUACAUUAAAGAAUUAUUGCUUUGUAAAAGACCUUGCUGAUGCGUUUAUUACCAGAACGUGUCUCAGGAGUUGAGAUGAACAAUAUUUAAGGUAAAAAGUACCUUCAUGUGCAGGCUUUGUGGCUCAAGUUGAUUGGUGCUGCACAACCUACUACUAGUAUUCUGGUCGGGUAGAUAUGGUUCUGGAAGUCCAAAAAUACAAAAAUAGCUGUAAGGGUAUUUUGUGAAUAUAAGGGAUUUUCUUUAUUUUGUUUUAAUACAUGCAGACUGAAAAUGCUUCAGUCAUAGACCAUGUAAAUACCCAGAAUCAAACACAUAUUGGCAGUAGCUUUUAUUUUCAGAUGUAAUGUUAAAUGUUUUUCUUUUUUUAAACAAAAAGUUAGUCUGUUUUCUAAACUGGGAGCUGAAGUAUGCUAAAUUACUUGUAGUAUCAUGGUGUAGGUAAAUUACUUGGUGAGAAAGGUUAAAUAAAUCGUUUGGUAGUGAUAUAAACCAAUGUAUUAUUUAAUGAAUUCAUCUUUGUUAAUAUCUUUCAAGCAUUAAUAAAUUGGCUACUGUACAUAUGUGUUAUACCAUCGAUUUCUAACAGCUUUUUUUUGUAGAAUAAAAAUUUAUUGUACAGUCUUCAGUUGCAUCGUGUUCAGAGCUAGAACUGUUCCAUGUCUUGUUUUACUACUUCGGGGCGCGGACAAAUAUUACCAAAAGAACAAGAAGGGACAUAAUACUUACAAACAUAGUAUGGUUUCUUUAUCUUGCCAGUGGAAAUGUUCUUAAUCUUUUUAAGUUUUAGUGAAGACUUUCGUUUCCCACUGUAGAUUAAACCAUCAUAAGCCAACACUUGCACUGAAAGGAGCUGUAGUAAUAUCCAGAUCAAGUCUUUGAUGUGGUUCACAGUAGCGACACGUACUUUUUUGCUGACACAAUGGAAAGGGUGAGAAUGGGACAUAGAGAAGACAGGGGCCUGACAUUUGGGCAACAGUUCUCAUUUAUGCCAGUUUAAAGCUUUUUCUGGUGAUAAAAGCUGUCAAUUCUAGCAACUAAAGAAGCUGAUCCAUAGCGCUUUGUAUUUUUACACAAGUAACAUAUUUUGAAAAAUACUUCAGGUAGAUUUGCAGACAACACAAACAAUAUACUAAGGCAUGCACGUUAUUUGAAAACCUUAUGCAUUAGUAAGUUGCUUGAUAUAUUUAUUACCCUCCUAGGCAGCAUGUGUUUCUGAUCUCUUACUGUACCGUACUUGAGCAGAAUGUUGUUACAUCAAGAAGAUUACAAAGAUAAAAUAUAGCCUUUAAUGACAUGAUCUCUUUGAUGAAGAUUUUUUCUUUUACAAAUUGGUAUGCUUUCGUUUUUAUACAUGGUGCUUCACAUUGUUACUAUAAACUCAAGAGAACAGAUUGUUAGAUUUCUUUGCUUUAGUAGAAUAGUACACCACUCCUCAAGCCGUAUCAGUGAUUUAAAUGGCUUUAUUUAUGAAAUUACCCUGAAUAAGGCAAGACAGGAAUAACGGAAUCAAGCCUAUUGUGUUGAAUGAAUAGUCAUUUAAUAAGCAUUGUUGGAAAAUUAUCAAAUAAAUCGUCUAUAGAAGGUGUUGGUAAAAUAAGCCGCUAUUGCAGAGGUUUCUUAAAAUGUAGUAUUGGCAGUUUUGAACAGGUGCAAGGAUACAUUGUGCUAAGGAUACAUUGUGCUAGUCAUCAUAGAGUCACAGAAUGGUUUGGGUUGGAAGGGACCUUAAAGACCAUCCAGUUCCAACCUCCCUGCCACAGACGGGUAUCUCCCACUUAGAUCAGGUUACCUGAAGUCUCAUCCAACCUGGCCUUGAACACUUACAGGGUUGGGGCAUCCACAGCUUCUCAGGGCAACGUGUUCCUGUGCCUCACCACCCUCAAGAAUUUCAUCCUUAAAUCUAAUCUAAAUUUACUCUCUUUUAGUUUAAAACCAUUAUCCCUUGUCCUACCACUACACUUCCUGAUGAAGACUCCCUCCUCCAUCUUUCCCAUAGGCCCUCUUUAGGUACUGGAAGGCCACUGUAACCUCAUCUCGGACCCUUCUCCUCUCCAGGCUAAACAACACCAACUUUCUCAGCCUGUCUUCACAGGAGAGGUGCUCCAGCCCUCUGAUCAACUUUGUGGCCCUCCUCUGGCCCCACUUUAACAGGUCUAGGUCCUUUUUGUGGUGGGAACCCCAGGGCUGAACAUGGUAAUCCAGGGGGGAUCUCACAAUAGUGGAGUAGAGGAGGAGAAUCACCACCUCCAUCAGUUUGCUGGCCACACUUCUUUUGAUGCAGCCUAGGGUAUAGUUGGUUUUCUGGGCUGCAAGUGCACAUUGCCAGCUCACAUUGGUUUUUCAUCCACCAAUGUCCGCACAUCCUUCUCUUCAGGGCUGCUCUCAACACGUUGAUCAUACACUCUGUACCGAUAUUUGGGAUUGCCCUGACCCAGGUGCAGUACAUUGCACUUGGACUUGUUGAACUCUGUGAGAUUUGCAUUGGCCAAUGUCUCAAGCCUAUCCAGCUCACUCCGGAUGGCAUCUCUUCCCUCUACAGCACCACUCAGCUUGGUGUCACCUAUGCUGACAUCGGUAUUUCAUUGAGUGCUGAGGGUGCACUCAAUCCUACUGUCUGUGUCACCAAUUAAGAUGUUAAAUGGUCCACUGAGGAACACUACUCAUCAUUGGUGUCCCCCUGAACAUUUAGCCAUUGACCACAGCUCUCCGGAUGUGACCAUCCAGCUAAUUUGUUAUCUAUGGAAUAGUCCAUCUGUCAAAUCCAUCUCUCUCCAAUUUAGAGACAAGAAUGUUGAAAGGGCUUUAUAAAAGGGCUUUAUAUCAAAGGCUUUAUACAAGUCAAGGUAAAUGAUAUAAGUUGCUUUUCCCUUGUCCAUCAAUGCUGUCACUAUUGUGGAAGGCCACCACAUCAGUCAGGCAUGAUUUACCCUUUGUUAAGCCAUGUUGGCUGUCUCCAGUCACCUCCCUGUCUUCCGUGUGCCUUAACAUGUUUUCCAGAAGGAUCUGCUUCGUGAUCUUAGUGGACAUGGAGGUGAGACUGACUGGUCUGUAGUUCUCUGGAUCCUCCUUUUUACACUUU